GUCAGACUCUAAGCCACACACAAACACUAUUAACAAGCUCUGCUGGAACCCUUCCGGCGGUAACGUAACCUGUACGACAGGAUAGCUUCUCGUGAUCAAUUGUUUUAGUAUCUGCUCUACAACUACCGAGCACAUUGCACAAGAAGCAAUUACCAAAACAUAACGAUCAUAAAAAGACCAAGGUAGGUUUUUCCAAGCCCCGAUCGAGAGAACUAACAGAGAGAGAUAGGCCCGAGGAACGAAUAUGUCUCAUCGACGCGCUGUGAGUGCGUCGCAUGCCCAAAGCGUACAAUCUGGAUACCGUAAAGUGGAUUAUGGCCACGUUGAGCCUCGCAGAUAUGCAUCGUCCACAAGUGGAAUCACUUAUGCGCAUUGCUCGGGGGACUUUUCUGCAACAGACGAAGGAGACUUCACAGAUGAAGACUCCUACUACAUAGAAGGUCCAAGUCCCCACGGAACAUAUUAUACCACGGCAAAUCCUCGAACCAAUGCCUCGCAUCCUAGGCCUAUUCCUCAAAGCGAGAGCAAUACUCAUCCUCAUGCUAAUGGGUGUUCCAGACACCGCUCUGGAAACGACCAACCCAGAAGCAUCCCUUGCUCCGAACACGGGCUUCCCAGAGGUUCUUAUUCUGGAAACUUCAGCCGACCAGGUCGAUAUGCAACGAGCUACCAGAAUCGCAGGGCAUAUUCCGCCUCCCAUGGAGGUCGCAAUCUACGACAGACCUACCCCUCAGAUCACUACGAUGAAGCAGGGAACUAUGUUGGACCUCCCGCAGUCGACUCUUACUCUAGCGACCUUGUUUCGUUCCCACGACUUCCCGAGUCUGAUCACUCUUCACCGGAGCUCGAUCACGGAGAUCAGGGAUGUUUGCGGCAAAACUCCAUGUCAGAAACACCUAAUAAACGAUCUUUCUCAGAACAGCUCGUCGACGGUAUGGUGGACCGGGUAAUUACUGUCAGAGGUGCUGGGAGGGGCGUUGUCAUGGACCGCGGCCUCCUGGGUCGGUGGUGA